AUGUUCAAUUGCUCGAUGCGGCAGCUAACCAGAGCCCUAUUGGGUGGUCUGUUGCUACUCUCCCCCGUCGUAGCAGAGGGUUGCGCUUGCUCCACGGCAGCCCAAGCAUGCGAAAUCAUCGCCUCCAAGUUGCCGCCUGAAGUGUUCGCGGCCCGGAAUACGACUGAGUACCAGUCGGUCCGGGCAAGCUAUUGGACUCAAACUUGUGGUGAGUUAAGUCCAGCUUGCAUCACACGACCCCGGAACACCGAAGAGGUGGCAGCCAUUGUCAAGGUGCUUUCGACCUGCGGCAAAGACGUCAAACUCGCCAUCAAGAGCGGCGGCCACGGCUCAUCCCCAGGAUGGUCCAGCACCGACGGCGGCGUCCUCAUUGCGAUGGACUCCAUCAAUCAGAUCCAAAACGUGGCCGACAAGGGGUAUGCUGUUGUGGGUUCCGGUAUCCGCUGGGUGGACGUGUACAAGUCCCUCGAGCCUCAGGGUGUAACCGUCACCGGGGGACGAUUCGCGUCCAUCGGCGGCGGCGGGGUGCUCACGGGCGGAGGCCUGAGCUACUUCAGCGGAACUCACGGCCUGGCGUGCGAUAACGUGCUCAACUACGAGGUCGUCCUCUCCGACGGCAAAGUCACCAACGCCAACCUGACCUCCGAGCCCGAACUCUUCCGCGCCCUCAAAGGCGGCGGAAACCAGUUUGGCAUCGUAACGCACUUCACCCUCAAGACGUAUCCGCACACCAAUCAGAUCUGGGGCGGCAUUCUGACCUUCUCCAUCGACAAGGCUAAAGAAGUCUUCGCCGCCACGCAGGCCUUUAGCGAAAAGUACGACCCCAAGUCGCACAUCUACCUCAGCAUGGGGGGCGGCGCCAACCCGCAGCUGUCCUUCCUCAACGUCUACGUCUUCUAUAACACGUCCACCGUGCCCACCGGCGACGCAAGCCCCUUUGCCGCCUUCUACGCGGCAAAACCCAUCGCAGACACCACCGCCGUGCAAAACUAUUCGGCCCUCAUCGCGUCCAACAACAAUGGCAAUCUGUCCCUCCAUCGCUGGCUCAUUGCCGGCCACUCUUUCCCGAACCUCGCAGGGCAGCAGGGCGCUGAUUUGUACUUUCAGCAGUGGCAGGCCUUCCGGGAUAAAGCCAACGCCACGGCGGCUGGCGACCAGACUCGCCUCUUCUCCAUGGCGUUGGUCCCGGUGCCGGCGGCGAUCACCCGCGCCGGCGAAGCCGUCACUGGCGUCAAGAACGUGCUGGGGCUCAAUGCGGACGCUGGCGACGUGGCUUGGAUCGACUAUACCCUCGCCUGGCCGAGUGCCAAGGAUGACGCCAGCACAUUUGCGUUUGCCGAGAGCAUGAGUGCAGACGGAGACCGGCUGGCGGCAUCGUUUGCUCCUGGGGUGAGCAGUUCGAACGCCGUCCCGGGGGCGUUAUCACCGGAGGAGGCAGCCUUCUACCGAACCAAUCCGCGAUACAUGAAUUAUGCGCUACUGGAUCAACCUGUUCAGGCGAGCUAUGGCGAGGAGAACAGGCGGUUCCUGAAGCGGGUUCAGGAGUGGUACGACCCUAUUGGGUUGUGGAGGAAAGACGGCGGCUUUCGCUGGAACUGA